GAUGGUGGUGAUGGUGUUGGGGGGGGGGGGGGUUCAGAGGAAAAAAAGAAAGGAGGCAAAGGCUCACUGACAAAGAGCUAAGGGCUAGGUACAGCAGCAGCGCUGGAGGGACACUGGGUACUGGCAAGAGCUGAAUGCAGUAUGCGGAGAGGCUGGUGAACGGGGAGAAAAGAAGGGAGAUGGAGGAGGUUCACCUCUGAAAGGGUGUCACGAGAGAAGCACCUCUGCCCUCCUGUCCUCCGCAAAACCUUUUCCUCCCUCGCUAUCCCUUCACCUUUCCUGGGAAGGAUGUAAAUUCAGAGCCAGGUUCUUGCUCUCUCGGACCUGAGGAUGUUCCGAAAGAAGAAAAAGAAGAGACCUGAGAUCUCGGCUCCAAAGAAUUUCGAGCACCGCGUCCACACGUCAUAUGACUCCAAGCGGGGCUGCUUUGUGGGCCUACCGCCCCAAUGGCAGAGCAUCAUCGAGAAUCUUCGCAGGCCGAAGCCAGUGGUGGAUCCUUCCAGGAUCACCCCGGUGGAGCUCAAGCCAAAAAAGACUAUCGUCCGGGGGAGCUUCAUAGGGCAUGGCGAGUACAUCUCUGCGGUCAUCUCUGACAUGAACCGCCUUUCUGUGACCAGCUCCAACUCCUUGCGGAGAAGCAGCCCCUCGGCCCGGAAGAGGGCGCAAUCCCUGGGCCGGUUGGGGGAGGUCAAGGAGGGAGACACGUACCAGUAUGAGGACCUGAUGCAAGAGGACUCCAACAGUGGUCGCCAGGGCUGGCGUGACAAGAUGCGCAAUGUGCGCAGCGAGAGCGGGAGUCCCCGUCUGGGCCCGGACCGUAACCCCUUGCAGGCUAACGGAGCCCUGCCCAGGGCCAAGUCCACCCAUGAGGUCAGCCUCACCUCCCUGAACAAGUCCCCGUCUCCAGAUGGCAGUGGGGAGGCACCUAGCCUGUGGCCUAAUCCCAGCAGCCCCACAGGGAGGUUGGUGCCUCUCAGGGACAAGGGCCCAAGGACUGGCCUGAUUGCCCAGAGACCAGUGUCCUGCUUUUACAGCCCAGCAACAUCAGCCCCACAGCCUCGGGCCAACCUAGGGGGCCUGGCAGACUUCAGCGCCUUUGAUAGGCCCCCCUUUCACACGCAGAACAGCCCAGGGAGGCCCUUCUCCUCGUAUGACCUCAAGGCAGACUCUAUCUUACGGCACCAGCCCAGUUUUCUGCCCAAUGGCACCCGGAGCCCACAAGUGGGUGGAACGAGAACCCACCGAGCAGUGCGGCCCUCGUCAAGCUACACUAUCGGGCUGUCCCCCAGCAUCAAUACUGAUCCUUCCCUACGCUUGGCCAGCAGCUCUGGGUCCACCCCCAUGGGGCAGGACAGCCCAUCCCAGCCCCGACCGUCCCCAACAGGCUCCCUGGCCACCAGCCCAACUGGUGCCUGCUCCCCCUCCUUCAGGCCCCCCCAGCACCCCUCCCCCCGGCCACCACCUGACCCCCCCAAGGUGACCCACGACCAGUUCAAGGCUGCACUGCAGAUGGUGGUGGAUAAGGGGGACCCCCGGUCCUACCUGGAGAACUUUGUGAAGAUUGGGGAGGGAUCAACCGGGGUGGUUUGCAUUGCUCGCGAGAAACACAGCGGCCGGCUGGUGGCAGUCAAGAUGAUGGAUCUUCGGAAGCAGCAGCGGCGAGAGCUUCUCUUCAACGAGGUUGUCAUCAUGAGGGACUACCAGCACAGGAACGUGGUGGAGAUGUAUAAGAGUGCCCUGGUAGAAGAAGAGCUCUGGGUUAUCAUGGAGUAUCUCCAGGGUGGUGCUUUGACCAACAUUGUGUCUGAAACAAGGCUGAGUGAAGAGCAGAUCGCCACGGUGUGUGAGGCCGUGCUGCAGGCGCUGGCCUACCUGCACUCCCAGGGUGUCAUUCACAGGGACAUCAAAAGUGACUCUAUCCUCCUCACCCUAGAUGGAAGGGUUAAGCUGUCAGACUUUGGGUUCUGUGCCCAAAUCAGCAAGGACAUCCCCAAGAGGAAGUCGCUGGUGGGCACGCCAUAUUGGAUGGCACCAGAGGUUAUUUCCAAACACCCGUACAGCACAGAGGUGGACAUCUGGUCUCUGGGCAUCAUGGUGGUGGAGAUGGUGGACGGAGAGCCUCCGUACUUCAGCGAGGCCCCAGUGGCAGCUAUGAAAAGGCUGAGAGAUGAGCCUGCACCAACUGUUAGGAACCUUCACAAGGUCUCUCCGGUGCUGAAGGAUUUCCUGGACCGCAUGUUAACUCGAGACCCACUGGAGCGAGCCAGCGCCACGGACCUUCUGGAACAUCCCUUCUUACUGCAGAGUGGGUCGCCCCAGUGCCUGGUGCCCUUGGUGGAGCAGUACCGUAAGCGCAUGUCCCGGUGUUGACCUGGCCGACCCCCCCCAUUGCUUCUACAAUCGUCUCUCGUUGCCCCGACUGAGCAUCAACACGCGACCUAACCUGCGGGGGAGCGGGGGCGGCGCACAGAAACAGGCGCAACCUGCCGCCAAUCCUAGCGGCUCUAGUCUGGACAUCCUCCCACCCCCCCGACAGUCUGGGGGGGAUGUCAACUCUGCUGCAUGGCAGCUGAAGGAAACAGCAUGGAUCUGGAACGACGAAAUGCACUUUAUUGAUUAGAGUGGUAUCUGCAUGCUAACAUCACUAAUUCUCUUAAUGCAGCUAAAAAAGAGACGACACAGUACUUACCUGGCAUCAACAUCUGGUGUCAGUGGGACUCCUCAUUUCCCAAUAAGGACCUUGUAGUGACACACACAAAGAUGGACAUGAGAGACUGUAGCGUGCCUAAUGCACAGUAUUACCAGACGCUGACUUGUUCAUCUUUGAUGGUCCAGAUCACAGUUCCAUAUAAAAUCCUGAACAAAAAGCAACCUGUGUUCAACCUGCAGAGUGACAGGAUGGCGGUCAAACCUGCGCUCAGCAUAGAGUAGUAAAAUCUUCACAGUAGCCAAAUAGUGAGAUUAAACAGUAGUUAAUUUUGAUUGGUUGGAGGCACUCAGUGAUUCCUUCCUUCAUUAAUUAACCUUUGGCAAUCAGGAGAGGACUGUUUUACAUUUAAAUGAGGGUUUUUUUAUGAGACAAUGGAAAGAGGACUUGGUUAUUUUCAUAAUCUAUUUUAUCUUCUGUAAAAACAGAAACUCGCCUGCUUUUCCAAAAGGUGUCGUGAACCGUUUGUAAGAUGUGAAAUUGUAAAUGUGACCUCCGAACCUCACAGGUUUUUUUUUUUUUUUUUAAAUGUUCCACAGUUUACUUCAGAUGAAACUUUGAGGGAUAUUGUGUUCAAAGAGAACCUGGACUUUGGUACUCACAGGGGAUGCGGUGAAUACAGUGUCAGAUACCUCGUUUUGUCACGUAUGUGUUCUGAAUGUACGUAAACAUGCGAAGAUCCUCUUUCUGCUUGCCCCCUACGCACCCUUGCUCUGCUGUGAUCGAGGAGUCCGCUUUUCUAAAGAGCGCCUUUCGAGCGUUAGUUUGCAUAGGUAAAAGCACACGGGCUUGGCAUGUGACGCUUGAAGAUCUCCACCAUCCGAGCAUAUAUCCUACGUUGUGUUUGUAUUCGUUGAGGGUUUCGAAACCUUUCUCGUGUUUGUACCAGUAUGUAUUUCAUGAAAGAGAGCAACCACACGCUUUAAUUUUGUAAUAAAUGAACAAUAAAUAUUGCAUACCUAA